GGGAGGGCCCGAGACGGCGGAGCCGGUCGCGCCGGGGGAAGGAGUUUCCGGCGGACGCGGCUCGGUACCGCUUCCUGUCCCCCUGUCCGCGCCGCCUCACGCCGCCUGUCCCGGACGCCGCUCUCCCCGGACCCCACCCCCGCCUCGCAGUGCUCGGCGACGCCCCAGGCCCCAUGCAAUCCCGGCUUAUGCUCUUUGGGGCGCCCGGCGGCUGCGGCAGCCCAGCCGCGCGGCGCGUGCGGCUGCUCCUGCGGCAGGUGUUCUGGGGCGGACCCGGCAGCGACGCGCGGCGCUCGGACGUCAGGCUGCUGCACGCAGGGGCGGGGGCCGACAAAGGUGAUACAGUUAAUAUUGGCGAUGUAUGCUACAGGGUGAAAACCCCUAAGAGCCCGGAGCUUGUGCCACAGAACUACAUUUCAGACUCUAUGGCUCAAUCUGUAGUUCAACAUCUAAGAUGGAUAAUGCAGAAGGAUCUUUUGGGGCAAGACGUCUUUCUCAUAGGACCCCCUGGGCCUCUUCGACGCUCUAUUGCUAUGCAGUACCUGGAGUUGACCAAACGGGAAGUUGAAUACAUUGCCUUGUCAAGAGACACCACGGAAACAGAUCUCAAACAGCGUCGGGAGAUCCGCGCAGGCACCGCUUUUUACAUAGAUCAGUGUGCAGUUCGUGCCGCCACGGAAGGUAGAACCCUCGUCUUGGAAGGCUUGGAAAAGGCGGAGAGGAAUGUCCUGCCUGUGUUGAACAACUUGCUGGAAAAUAGGGAGAUGCAGCUUGAAGAUGGGCGCUUCCUGAUGUCUGCCGAGCGUUACGACAAACUUCUCCAAGAUCACACCAAAACAGAACUGGAUGCUUGGAAGAUUGUCCGAGUUAGUGAAAAUUUCCGAGUGAUUGCCUUGGGCUUGCCAGUGCCUAGGUACUCCGGGAAUCCAUUAGACCCUCCUCUCCGUUCUCGAUUUCAAGCUAGAGAUAUUUAUUAUCUACCCUUCAAGGACCAACUUAAACUGUUAUAUUCAAUUGGAGCCAAUGUUCCUGCUGAGAAAGUUUCUCAGCUCUUGUCUUUUGCCACUACUCUCUGUUCCCAAGAAUCUUCUACUCUUGGACUUCCAGAUUUUCCUUUAGAUAGUUUACCAGCUGCAGUUCAAAUCCUGGAUUCCUUUCCUAUGAUGUCAAUCAAACAUGCAAUCCAGUGGCUUUACCCCUACGGAAUUUUACUGGGACCUGAAGGGAAGAUGGCUGUGGAAGGUGUUUUAAAACGCUUUGAACUCCAAGAUUCAAGAAAUUCUGUGCUUCCUGAAGAGGUUGUGAGAGUAGAGAGGAUGCCUGAAAACCAGGGCUUCCAAGCUUCCGUGACCCUCCGGAUUGCAGGAAAAGAGGUGACCAUUAAGGUACCGGCUGGGACCAGGCCAUUCAGUCAACCUUGUGCAUCAGACCAUUUUAUACAGACUUUGAGCCAUAAACAACUACUGGCUGAAAUGAUGCAGUCGCAUAUGGUUAAGGACAUAUGUUUAAUUGGAGGAAAAGGUUGUGGAAAAACUGUCGUCGCUAAGAACUUUGCAGAUACCUUAGGAUAUAAUAUAGAACCUAUCAUGCUCUAUCAGGAUAUGACAGCACGUGAUCUGCUACAGCAGAGAUACACGCUUCCCAGUGGAGACACUGCCUGGCGGUCCUCACCCCUUGUAAACGCUGCUCUGGAAGGCAAGCUGGUGCUCUUGGAUGGCAUUCACAGAGUCAACGCGGGUACACUCGCUGUAUUACAAAGGUUGAUCCAUGAUCGAGAGUUAAGCCUCUAUGAUGGCUCUAGGCUGCUGCGAGAAGACAGGUAUAUGCGUUUAAAGGAGGAGCUGCAGAUGUCUGAUGAGCAGCUCCAGAAGAGAUCAAUUUUUCCCAUCCACCCGUCCUUCAGAAUCAUCGCUUUGGCAGAACCCCCUGUUAUUGGAAGCACAACACAGCAGUGGCUGGGACCAGAAUUCUUAACCAUGUUCUUUUUCCAUUACAUGAAACCACUUGUCAAAAGUGAAGAAAUCCAAGUGAUUAAGGAAAUGGUCCCCGGUAUACCUCAGGAAGCUUUGGACAAAUUGUUGUCAUUUACACACAAACUCAGAGAGACACAGGAUCCAACAGCACAGUCGUUGGCAGCAUCACUGUCUACGAGACAGCUGUUGAGGAUUUCUCGUCGACUGGCACAGUAUCCUAGUGAAAAUCUUCACAGUGCUGUCACUAAAGCCUGCCUUGCCAGGUUUCUACCAAGCCUUGCAAGGUUGGCAUUAGAAAAAAAUCUGGCUGAUGCUGCAAUAGAAAUAAGCACUGAUAAGAAUCUGGAACCAGAACUGGAAGAUUACAAAUGUGAAGUCACAUCGGGAUCUCUGAAAAUUGGAGCUGUUAGUGCACCGAUCUAUAACGCCCACGAGAAAAUGAAAGUGCCUGAUGUUCUCUUCUAUGACAACAUUCAGCACAUGAUGGUGAUGGAAGAUAUGCUCAAAGACUUUCUUCUGGGAGAACACCUGUUACUGGUUGGUAACCAGGGCGUAGGGAAAAACAAGAUUGUUGAUAGAUUCCUUCACCUGCUCAACAGACCCCGAGAAUAUAUCCAGCUGCACAGGGACACCACAGUACAAUCCCUUACUCUUCAGCCUUCUGUUAAAGAUGGACUUAUUGUGUAUGAAGACUCACCCCUGGUUAAAGCGGUAAAGUUGGGUCAUGUUCUGGUAAUAGAUGAGGCAGACAAAGCCCCGACAAAUGUCACCUGUAUUUUAAAAACGCUCGUAGAAAACGGAGAAAUGAUUCUCGCAGAUGGAAGACGCAUAGUUGCAAAUUCUGCUAAUGUCAAUGGAAGAGAAAACGUGGUACCGAUUCACCCUGAUUUUAGGAUGAUUGUUCUGGCCAACAGACCUGGAUUUCCUUUCCUAGGCAAUGAUUUCUUCGGUACCCUAGGUGAUAUUUUUAGCUGCCAUGCAGUUGACAACCCCAAACCCCACUCAGAGCUCGAGAUGCUCAGGCAGUAUGGCCCCAACGUCCCUGAGCCCAUCCUUCAGAAGCUCGUGGCUGCCUUUGGAGAGCUGAGGAACUUAGCUGACCAGGGGACGAUUAACUAUCCAUAUUCAACCAGAGAAGUUGUCAACAUAGUCCGGCACUUACAGAAAUUUCCCACUGAAGGUCUCUCCAGUGUGGUCAGGAAUGUGUUUGACUUUGAUUCCUACAACAACGACAUGAGGGAGAUUUUGAUUAACACGUUACACAAACACGGGAUACCGAUCGGAGCGAAACCCACCAGUGUGCAGCUGGCGAAGGAGUUGCCUCUGCCUGAGCAGACCUUCAUGGGCUAUUGGACGAUUGGUCAGUCAAGAAAUGGAAUGCAAAAAUUGUUGUGUCCAACGGAGACGCAUCAUAUAGACAUAAAGGGUCCGGCCCUUAUAAACAUACAGGAGUAUCCAAUAGACAGACAUGAAGAAAGAUCCCAAACCUUCACUGAAGAAUGUGCCUCCUGGAGAUUGCCAUUGGAUGAAAUUAACUUAAUCUGUGACGUUGCCACAUCACAUGAAAAUGAAGAAAAGACUCUGUAUGUAGUUGCCUGCAAUCCUGUUUCCUUAUACUUUAUGAAUAUGGCUGGGACAAGCGGCUACUUCGUGGACCUUUUUGACAUCUUCCCAAGAACGGCCAGUGGAGUCUGGCAGCCGUUUGUGACAGUGGCACCGCUGGGAAAUCCCCUCAAGGGUCAAGUGAUUCUCCACGAGCAACAGAGUAACGUCAUCCUGUUACUGGAUACCACCAGCCAAGCCCUUCGUCGUCUCAUUCUCCCUUCACAAGAGUUUACAUCUAAGAAAACUUCCUGGUGGAGCAAGGAGGAAGCUGAAACUUACAAAAUGUGUAAAGAAUUUUCGCAUAAAAACUGGCUGGUAUUCUACAAAGGAAAAGGGAACAGCCUGACGGUGCUGGAUGUUCUAGAAGGACGAACUCACACCAUCUCACUUCCCAUCAACCUCCAGACAGUUUUUCUUGUAGCGGAAGACAAAUGGCUUCUGGUGGAAAGCGAAACAAAUCGGAAAUAUCUUUUAACUAAGCCUGCACACAUCGAAUCUGCGGUGAGUGGAGUUUGCCAGUUGUAUGUGUUGAAAGAGGAGCCACCCAGUACAGGGUUUGGAGUCACACAAGAAACAGACUUCAGCAUCCCUCAUAAAAUUUCAAGUGAUCAACUAUCAUCUGAAAAUCUAAGUUCAGCUGUGGGACAAAAGAUUGCCUCUCCAAACCGAAUUCUCUCUGAUGAGAAUAGUUAUGCUACAGUGGUUGUUGGUUUCCCAGAUCUCAUGUCACCUAGUGAAGUUUAUUCUUGGAAAAGGCCGUCCUCUUUGCAUCACUCAAGGGUCACUGAUUCAACGUUCUAUGGAGGAAAGAGGAAAAGUGGAACCCCCAAGCAGAGCAAUUGUGUGACUCUUUUAGAUACUAAUCAGAUCGUCCGGAUUUUGCCCCCUGGAGAAGUCCCUUUAAAAGAUAUCUACCCAAAAGAUGUUACCCCUCCACAAACAGCUGGUUACCUAGAAGUCACUGACCUCCAAUCAAAGAAACUCCGAUAUAUCCCCAUCCCCAGAUCAGAAUCUCUGUCUCCAUAUACCACAUGGCUGUCUACUAUUUCGGACACAGAUGCACUGCUAGCUGAGUGGGGCCAAGGUGGCGUCGUAACCGUUGAUAUGGGUGGUCACAUCAGGCUGUGGGAAACUGGACUUGAACAGCUGCAGCGGUCCCUAAUGGAAUGGAGAAACAUGAUUGGACAAGAAAGUGACAGACCUAUGCAGAUAACCAUCAACAGAGAGAGCGGUGAGGACGUGAGCUCCCCCAAACACGGGAAGGUGGAUCCAGACAACGUGCCGCACAUAGGUGGCAAUACUUGGGCAGGUGGCACAGGGGGAAGAGACACUGCAGGUCUGGGCGGCAAAGGAGGUCCCUAUCGGCUGGAUGCAGGCCAUACGGUAUACCAGGUCUCGGAGGCUGAGAAAGAUGCAGUUCCCGAGGAGGUGAAGAGAGCUGCGAGAGAGAUGGGCCAGAAAGCGUUUCAGCAGAGGCUGAAGGAGAUCCAAAUGAGUGAAUAUGAUGCUGAGACCUACGAAACGUUUUCAGGGGCUGUUCGACGGCAGGUGCACUCCCUCCGAAUUAUCCUGGAUAAUUUACAGGCUAAAGGUAAAGAAAGGCAGUGGCUAAGACACCAAGCUACUGGGGAACUAGAUGAUGCCAAGAUCAUUGAUGGGCUGACCGGAGAAAAAGCCAUCUACAAACGCCGGGGCGAGCUGGAGCCACAGGUGGGCAGCCCCCAACAGAAACCCAAGCGCCUGCGCCUGGUGGUGGAUGUGUCUGGCAGCAUGUACCGCUUCAAUGGGGUGGACGGCCGGCUCAAGCGCUCAAUGGAAGCCGUGUGCAUGGUCAUGGAGGCGUUCGAGAACUAUGAGGAGAAGUUCAAGUAUGACAUCGCUGGACACUCUGGAGAUGGCUACAACAUUGAUCUGGUUCCAAUUAACAAAAUCCCCAAGGACAACAAGCAAAGACUAGAAAUUCUGAAGACAAUGCACGCCCACGCUCAGUUCUGCAUGAGUGGGGACCACACGUUAGAGGGGACAGAACAUGCCAUCAAGGACAUCGUCAAAGAGGAAGCUGACGAGUACUUUGUCAUUGUCUUGAGUGAUGCCAACCUGUCACGCUAUGGAAUACAUCCUGCAAAGUUUGCCCAGAUCCUGACAAGCAACCCCCAAGUAAAUGCUUUCGCCAUUUUUAUUGGAUCUUUAGGUGAUCAAGCAACCAGGCUUCAGAGGACUCUACCAGCUGGCCGGUCUUUCGUUGCCAUGGAUACCAAGGACAUCCCCCAGAUUUUACAGCAGAUUUUCACCUCCACCAUGUUGUCUGGUGUUUAAGAAGCGCCCUUUAUCCCCCGAUGACCCUGGGGUUUGGAAUAAGUUAGGAAGAAAGAGCAUUUGGAAGAAAAGAAAGCAUCUCUAAAGGGACCCCCGUGUGAUGACUGGACAGUUCUGGCAUUUCUGGGCCUUCCUGCGCUUGCUCUGUAAUCAGAAUUCAGAGAAGCAACCAGCGUGAGGCUCAUGAAAGGAAAUCUCCAACCACUGGUGGAUUUACAAGUCAUUAGAAGCAGCAAGUCGACCUGCAUUUAAUGAAAAGUCCGCGUUAAAAGAAGGUGGCUUGAGAACCAUGGUGCGUGGCCUGUGUCCAAAAACCUGAAGGAGAGAGGGAGGGCACCUUGGUUUGGCCUUAACAAGAUCAUUUGUGAUCACCUAGGAUAAAAAAGGACCCCAGCCAACGAAGGCUGGGACACCACCUUCUGACACGAAAAUCCAGGUCUGUGCAAAACCACGCAACCGGCUUCUGUUGGAUAAUUAUUUUUAUUUCCCCUCCCCUGCUCUGUCGGGCCCAACAAUGAUUUUAUAGUUUAACUCACUGAAAAGUCCUUUCAACCGCAGUAUUUUAUAAAAGGAUGGGUUUCCUCAGUAAUUGCAUUUUCUUAGCCCAAACCAAAAGGAAUCAAAAGAUCCUAGGAUGGCUUCCUUUCCCACAUUACUUUUAAAAGCCUUCUUAAAUAAUAAAGAGCCAGUGUCCUAUUCUGCCUGCUGCUGGGAAUGGAAGGAUAAGGGGCAUCUGGCCUUGAGUUUCC